CCCUCCUCGGCAGCAGCCAUGAAGUCGCUGUGCCUCGUCACCGUGGGGGUCCUGGCCAUGACGCUGCUCAUCGCCAGCAUCUCCUUGCUGGUAGCACACGUCUUCCAGACGGCGGUGGACCUGCAGGUGAAGCAGGGAACAGUAUUGAAAAACGGCACGGAAACCUUUGAAGCCUGGGAAGAUCCUCCUCCACCAGUCUACAUGCAGUUCUACUUUUUUAAUGUGACAAAUCCUUUAGAAGUGCUUCAAGGCGAUACUCCUCUUGUAGAGGAAAUAGGGCCGUACACCUACCGAGAAUACAGGCCAAGAGUGCACGUUCAGUUUUUGGACAAUGGUACCAAAGUAUCUGCUCUGAAUCCAAAGACGUAUGUAUUUGAACCUCAGAAGUCAGUUGGAGACCCUGAAGUGGACCUGAUUAGAACAGUUAAUAUUCCUGCAGUGACUGCGAUGGAGUGGACCAGGUCAACCCCUCUUCAGUUUGCCACAGAGGUGCUGUUGCUCCUCUACCAAGAAUCCCUGUUCACAGUUCACACCGUGCAUGAAUUACUGUGGGGCUACAAAGACAGGCUCCUGUCAACCAUUCAUCUCUUGCAUCCUGAGAUCGAUCCAGUAUUUGGUUUGUUUAAUAAGAUGAAUGGAACCGAUGAUGGAGAAUAUGUUUUCUUAAGUGGGGAAACGAACUACCUUAACUUCUCAAGGAUUGUGGAAUGGAAAGGAAAAGAGUCACUGAGCUGGUGGACAACAGAGACAUGUAACAUGAUCAACGGAACAGAUGGGACAUCCUUUCACCCACUGAUUAGCAAAGAUGAGCACAUUUAUAUCUUUUCUUCUGAUUUCUGCAGAUCUUUUUACCUUGUGUACGACAGCUCAGGAACUGUUGCGGGCAUCCCAACCUACCGCUUUGUGCCCUCUUCUAUGGUAUUUGCCAACACGACGGUUAACCCAGACAAUGCUGGAUUCUGCAUUCCGCCAGGGAACUGCCCUGGCACUGGCGUCCUCAACGUCAGCAUCUGCAAGCAAGGUGCUCCGAUAUUUCUAUCAGCUCCCCAUUUUUACCAAGCAGAUCAAAAGUUUAUAGGGGACAUAGAGGGCAUGCACCCAAAGAAGGAAUAUCAUGAGACCUUUCUGGACAUCAAUCCUCUGACUGGGCUUGUCCUGCAAGCAGCCAAGCGGAUGCAAAUCAAUGUUCACGUCAGAAAAUUACCUGAAUUUUUUGAAACAGGCAACAUCCGAACACUAAUUUUCCCAGUGAUGUAUAUAAACGAGAGUGUUCUCAUUGAUGAAGCAUCUGCCAGCAAACUCAAACACGUCCUGCUGGAAGCCAGUGUUGUAACUGGAAUCCCCUUCGUAAUCAUGGCUCUAGGAAUUGUUUUUGGGAUUGUUUUCAUUGCGCUCGUGUGCAGGUCCCGGGGAGUAAGUGAAGAGAGUACUGAAGAUGAAAGGUCCCCACUCAUCAGGACGUCUUAGUAGAUUUUCUUUAACAUGUGAGUUUGGAGAAUAAACUAUUAGAGCUGACCUAAUACCAAGUACCACUACCCAGCGUUGUCCACUGUGGAGAAACGAGCGCAUCGAGUAUAACUUUUUGUGGUAUAGAGAUGGAAGAGAAUCUGCGCUGUCAUCAAGGGAGGAGACUUGUCUUACCAGCUAAGCUACAA